ACUAAGUCUGGGUACUGCAUCAUGUUUCCCAGAGGAUGGACAGCAUGUGGCAGCGUGACGUCACUACUUCUUGUUGCCAUGCUCUUCGUGUUCAUGACGUCAACGUCAGCCAUGAGCGCGGCAGGUGGCUCCGCCCCCUCUGACUUGACCAGGAGCAGCCGGUACAUUUACUACCCCAACUCUUUCGUCCGCUAUCUGUACCCCAACUCUUACACCCAGAACGUUCAGCCAAACUCGUACAUCGGUCGCGAUGGCAAGCUUUAUGUGAAGAGAACUUACUACUACUACCAAAACGGCAGACGCUACUAUGGUACAUACUACCAAGCUAUCAUUCCCACCACCACCACAACAACAACGACAACAACAACGACAACAACAACCACACGUCGUCCACAAACCCGCAUCCCGACGAGCCAGUUCUUCCAAAGCGCGAACAACCUCCCGUUCCUCUUGUAUAGCUCUUACGUAUGUGGUGUGUACAACACGCGCUACACUCCGCAGCUUAGCUACAGCUACGUGGUCUUCGCAGGUAAACGUGAUCUAGGCGGACGGCCACAGGAUUCGAACUCUUCCCCUCUCCAGCAAAGGCGUGCCCUUUCAGCGGAGGACCACUCCUCGUGCACUGAAGUGGCCCACCUUCUAAGCUCGUUCAGGUCUACCCGUGGACUCAACAACGCUACACGUUUUGUUGACAGACGAGAAGCGAGCGAUGGUCUGGAUAUUGUGAGUUCAGGUAAAGUCAGACGGGGUACAAGUUGCCCUUGUUCUACGUCGGCAAUGAAGAAGGCACUCUUUACCGGCUUUUCCCAACAGCAACUCUCCGAGGUCAAGAAACUUCUGCUCAACAACGCCUCCAUCGCUUACCUGGAAUGUCUUGUCUCCUCGAUUUACAGGCACAAAAUGGACAUGCUUGAUGAUACUGCGAACAAGAUGACUGCUUUCUACGUCACAGAGGCCAACUCUACGUCAUCUGAACUCACCGGCAAAGACCUGGUCCUGUUCUACACCCACUGUGUUCUGGUCGCCAACAACCGAGGUCAGUGCAGGUACAGGAAUCAUAAUAAUUGUAUGGUCAACUUCAAGUCAGCGGACGAGAUGACCAACGCCAUGAUGAUGCAGCUCAUGCCCUCUGGCUACAGCGACGAGCAGCGAGAGCGCGCUAUGGCGGCCAUGAACUUCCUCCACGAGGCUCAAUUGUCAGCGGACGAGGCCACGAGCAUCAUGGACUCUUUCGCAGCCGAUUUUGUGAACGCCAAUGUCGUCAACGAUGAUUCCAACAUCGACAACACCAACGACAACGACAUCGGCAUCGACACCGAUAACGGCAACAACAACAACGACAACUACGAAUAUGAUUAUUAUUAUACUGAUGAUGGAGACAACAAUGUUUUCCGCAAACGUUCUCUCUACUAGCCAUGUUCAACAGUCUGUGUGCCUCCGACCACCUGUUCUGUGACAACCCUCAGCCGCCCCAACCUGUCGAGGAUCCCGUACCAGGCCAAGUACCCGGACCACAAGGACCUGUCAUAGGACCUCCACUGGACACCCCCGCACCCCCACCACCUCCACCACCGCCAACAACAGCAGCAGCAGCACCACCACCGCCAACAACAGCACCACCACCACCGCCAACAACAACAACAGCACCACCACCACCGCCAACAACAACAACAGCACCUCCACCACCUCCCACUACAACAACACCACCACCUACCACUACCACACCCGCCAAACAAGGUAAACGAUUAUAACAGCAUGUCUUAAUA